AUGGACACAAACGGCGAAGUCACACAACAGCUCGAGAAGCCUGUCGAGGAGCAAGCAGACAAGGCCGUCGACGAGGUUACCGAUCUCUUCAAGGGUCUCGCCAAGAAGAAGAAGACCAAGAAGCCCAAGGACACCGACGCCGCCGACGAUGAAUCCUCCCCCGCCCCCGCCGCGGACGGCGAGUUCGACCCCACAGCGCUGAAGAAGAAGAAGAAGAAGACCAAGAAGGUCGACGCCGGCGACUUCGAAGCUAAGCUCGCCGAGGCCGGUAUCGCAGAGAAGGAGGCUGAGGAGAGCAAAGACGCCGAGGUUCCCGAGGGCGAUCUCGAAGCCGGCACAGGAAUCUGGGCCCACGACGCCACCCAGGCCAUCCCCUACUCGCUGCUCGUUUCGCGAUUCUUCUCCCUUAUCCAGAGCCACCACCCCGAUCUUUUGUCCAGCGGAACCAAGUCGUACAAGAUCCCUCCCCCGCAAUGUCUGCGUGAGGGUAACAGGCGUACAAUUUUCGCCAACAUUGCCGAUAUCUGCAAGCGCAUGAAGCGAUCCGACGACCACGUCAUGCAGUUCUUGUUCGCGGAAUUGGGUACCAGUGGAAGUGUUGACGGAAGCAGGCGUCUGGUUAUCAAGGGUCGUUUCCAGCAGAAGCAGAUUGAGAACGUUCUUAGGCGGUAUAUUGUCGAAUACGUCACCUGCAAGACCUGCCGCAGCCCCGACACGGAGCUCAACAAGGGUGAGAACCGUCUGUACUUCGUCACUUGCAACUCUUGCGGAUCCCGUCGUUCCGUCGCCGCCAUCAAGACCGGUUUCCGUGGACAAGUCGGCCGCAGAAAGAGGCAGGCUUAG